AUGUGUAAUAAAAACUCCUUAACUUCCCUUAAUGAUUAUGCCAUAGACAAUAAACACACAACAUCUGAAAGGGGCUUCACUAUUUAUGAAGUACCAGUCAGAUUGAAUAUAGUAAAAACUAAAUCAGACGCGUCUCUAUCGAAAACGAAAUCGGAUACUACGGCGCUGGCAGAAGAAAUAUAUAUACCUCCUCUCGACGUGUUGAAUGUCAGAGUUUUAGGUCUACGGCUACCUGAUGAGAAUCCAAAAAAAUUCGCCAUCAAAGCUGUUUUCUAUGAUCAACUGUUAAUAUCGUCCUUCAUUACUUCAGUUGGCCACAGGGACAAUGCUAAAGGAAGGACGUUAGCAAAAGGGACGAUGAAUUAUGAUCCUUCUGAUUACGAGAAAAUGUGCACGUUUGCUGAUAAUCCUUUGACAAUUAAAAUUCAAUCUUUGGAAAAUAUUGAAAUGCAAAUAUUAUACGAUAACACGGAAUCUCAAAGCGGAUCCUUGGAUGAAGAGGCAAAAUUAAAAACGAGACCAAAAUUGGAUAUAUUUUGCUGUAACAUCGAUAUUUUAUCAAUAUUCAUUGGUACUAAUAGAUUAUACCUAAGACAAAGAAUGCAGCCAAUGAUAAAACCGCCAGCAAGUCAAGCGAAGAGUUGGGACAAUUUACCUCUACUUACCCUGGAAAUUACAGCAUAUAGAAAUCCGGCUAAUUUGAAACAUCACAAACUCUUAAAAGAGGCAAACUUUAUGAAAUUAACUUUAAUUGGAUGCUACAAUAUGCACAUCCCCUAUGACGACGAGUUCGUCUACACGGCGGCUACAAAGAUGCCUAUACAUAACGAACAGAAUUGUAGCCUAUACACGUUUAACCAAGGAUACAGAAUCCCGAGAAGAUCUAAUAAUAUGAGCUUCAACACGCACUGGGAAAGUCUUCGUCUUGGUGAUGAGCAUUUUACCGAAGGAGAUGAAAAGUUUUCGGCGAAGUUAAAUGAUUUUCAAAACGAGGAGAACCUCGAUUUGGAAUAUUAUGUAGAUCGUGCCCCCGAGUUUUAUAAAGCAAUAUGGAAAUCAUUUCAUAAGACUCUCUUACUGAAGAGUACGGAGAAAUGGUUGUCUUAUCAUUUGCGGCGAUACAAAUGGCCUUUCGAACUUCACUUGUAUGGUGAUAACAAUUGUGGAUACAGUUUUGUGGGAUUCCUGGAUUUAUUUAGAUUACUUUAUCCGGGCGAAACAACAGCUCGGAUAGCGGUGCCCCUGCAUUGGGUGAAUUCCGAGCUGAUUUUAGAGAAAUGCGGUUGUGAAUUCCUCCUACCAUCUAAUGAGAAAUCUCCUUCAUCCUAUGUUACCGUCCAGAAAUCCAGCAAAGCUACAACAGAAUCUAUACAAACCAGCACCAAUACCAGUACAUCUAAAACUAUAGGUCCUCGCCCAACAGGAAGUGAUGAGAACCCGUCGUUUCUUCUCAUCGAAGUCAAGCUGGCUAGACCAUUUAAAGAAGCUGUUAUACCACCCCUGAUACCUCAGUCAGAUAUAAAUGAUAUGUUGUCGGCAUUUGAGACAAUACCUAGCAAACGUGAAUCUUCAGGACGCGGUCAAACAGACAGUAACUGGCUAUCUACAGUUCGGUCUGCAAAUACAUCUUUGAGAAGAGUUCCAUACUUUGGCAUAACUGAUAUCUGCCUCAUCAAUCGCCAGUUAGGUGGAACAAGAACUCGUCUCGAAAUAUUGACAUCUUUCUGGCAAGAGGCUGCCAUCUAUGUGAACAACAAUUUCGUUCUAGAUAAUUUUCUGGACUCCAAUGAUACUUUUGAAGAAAUGACGUUGAUGGCUCACGCGUGCCUCAUGCGAAUGACAACUGAUUACUUAAUGAACAAGGGCUUUCAACAAGAGAUCGACCCGACGCUUAGGGCCGCGAGACACGCUCGUCAACUCAAAGAUGCGAACCAUGCAGCUGAUCUUUAUCAUCAGACGGUUGUAAAAGCACCACGUGACGCAGACCUCUGGCGUGAACUAUCCACUUGCAUGAAGGAUAUAGAUGUGGAUGCAGCCAAUGUCUGUAUCAAUAAAUCGAUAAUUCUUAACCCUCGACAUCCCUUAAGUCUCUUGUCAAAGGGAUGCAUGAUAUUUGAUUCAGACCCUGACGCCGCGGAACCGUUUUUUGUGUCACUCCUGAGUCUCUAUCCCUUUUGGACAGUUCUUUGGGUCGCUGCAAGUGCAUAUUACUGGCAUAGAGAGCUGUUUCACAUGUCUACAGAAAUAAUGUGUUAUGUGAAAAAGAUGCACGCAGAGGGCCUUGCAGCAGAAUUGCCUUACCCUAGAGCAUGGGAAAAGGAACUCGGUGACUGGUGGGACCAGACUCCAUUGCUGCCAGGGACGAGUCGCUAUUAUGAUGCUGCUGAUCUUCUUUUGAGGAUACGAGCUAUAUCAUUAGCGGAAGUAUGCCUCGCUCGAGCUCUGACCGAAAUUGGUGAAUCUCCAGUUUACUAUCACUUACUGGGACUAUGCACCAGACUGCGUAAGGACGUUGAUACGACGCUGUGCCACUUGCAUAGUGCUGUGGAAAAGUUUGGAGACAUAUUCUAUUUAAGAAGCCUGGAAGGUGAGUGCUACCAUAGAAAGAAGGAUUUCCCUAAAUCAAAGAUCUCUUUUGAAAAAGCCGGUGGCUGUCUCGGUGCUUAUAGUAUACUUCUGUCUCUGCCACGAAGAGAAGCUCACCGCAUACGAGCAAUGCUGACAGAUCUUAUACGAAGGCAACCCAGCGCAUACGCAUGGUUGGCGCUCGCUGAUGAUUGGAUGAUGCGGAGUGUGGUCGGAGAGGGUGGCGACGCUGGCGCAACCGACGAGCAAGCUACUGCUAUAUCAUGUGGUAUAGCUUGCGCAGUUCAGGCCCUCAAGCUGGAUAGACAAGCUGGGCGCGCAUGGGCACUUCUAGCUAACACCGUCAAACCGAGCGCGCGCAGAUUGCAUUGCGAAAAUAUGGCUACCUUUGAACCAGGUCCUCCUCCCUCUUGGUCUGGCACGUUUUACGCAACCAACGGUAACAUCAGAUGUAACCAAAUUCUACAAGUACUAAACAUUGCUGUCGGCAGAGAGGACUGUUUAGUAGUCAACAUCUUUACGCCGCAGAGGAAAAAUAGCCACGAUCUGAUUCCGGUCAUGGUAUUCAUCCACGGUGGAGGCUUCCAAUACGGUAGUAACACAAUCCUACUGUACGACGCUCAAUAUCUCGCUCAAAAAAACAUCAUAGUUGUUACGAUCAAUUAUAGACUUGGUCUCUUUGGGUUCCUGUGUUUAAAUAAAACUGAGGCACCAGGAAAUAUGGGAUUAAGAGAUCAAGUCGCUGCGUUACAAUGGAUAAAUGGAAAUAUAGAAAGCUUCGGCGGUGAUCCGCAUUCGGUAACCUUAGUUGGUGAAAGUGCCGGCGCUCUCUCAGUACAAUAUCUCGUGAUGUCAGAGUUGACUAAAGGAUUAUUCAAAAGAUGUAUAAUGGAAAGCGGUUCGAUUCUAGUGCCUGUAGGGUUUGAUGAGAAUCCCAUAGAUAGCGCUAGAGCAUUUACGUCACGACUUGGAUAUAACACCACUGAUGUUGAUGAAAUAUUGGAUAUUCUACAAAACGCUGACGCGUUCGAACUCACUAUGGCUACUCUUGUUAAUGUUAAGAACGAUAUUCGAAAACCGUAUACGUUCCCACCGUGCGCGGAAGAUCCGAAAACUAGUCCCAAACCCUUCUUAACGACGAGUCCAAGAGAACUAUUGAGAAGGUUUAAAGUAGAUCCUAACUUGAACUUAGUCAUGGGUUUUAAUAAUAAGGAGGGUCUGAUGUUUGCAGGAAAAUUCGACUCAGACAGUUUAAGAGAUAUAGACCAUCAUCUUAACAAAAUUUUACCUAGCAACCUUAUCUUUAAAAACAAAGGUGACAGGGCUAGGGUAAUAAGGGACAUAAAGGAGAUAUAUUUUGCCAAUACGGGUGCUAAUUACAAUGGUCUCAUAAAUUACUUGUCAGACAGUAUAAUAAUAUAUCCCUCUAUAGAAGUGAUAGAACAUUUUUUGAAAGGAAACGCAACAGUUUACAAUUAUGUAUUCAUGUACGAUUCAUUGAGGAAUUUGAAUAAAUUUAUUUCUGGCUUACCGUUCACGCCCGGUGCUAAUCACGGUGAUGAACUGUUUUAUAUAUUUGAUCCUUUGCCACUUAAACUGUUGCCUUUUUUGGAGAACGACAGGAGGGUAGUUGAAUUUAUGACUAAUGCUUGGACAAAUUUUACUAAAACUGGAAUUCCUUCGGCCCCCGGUGUGGAGUGGUUGAAAAGUGAGAAGAAUAAUUUAAGGUUCCUAUCAAUUGGAAACGAUAGACACAUGACGUCUAUUCCAUACAAAGAACGCAUGCAGUUGUGGAAAAAUAUCUAUCAGAAAUAUGGGUCGUAUUAA